AUGGGGGGCGGCUUCAAUGGCGGUGGCUUCCCUGCCGCCACGAAUGGAGCGCCCGCCACAGCUGGCCCUACCAAUCGUGUUUACGUCGGCAAUCUGCCCUGGCAGACAUCGUGGCAAGACCUCAAGGACCACAUGCGCAAGGCCGGCAACGUCACGAGGGCUGAUGUCUUCAUCGAUGAGACUGGCCGCUCCAAGGGAUGCGGAAUCGUCGAGUACUCCACACCCGAGGAAGCUCAGAAUGCCAUCAAGACGCUGAACGAUACCAAACUCGACGAAACUGAGCGCCUCAUCUUUUCGUGCCCCGCGGCGGCGGCGGUCUGGGGCGAGGUAUGGUCCGUGGAGGCCGUGGAGGCCGUGGAGGCUUCAACCCUCACCCUCAUCCUCACCCUCAUCCUCAUCCUGGUCUUCAUCGGCAACCUGCCCUACACUACCUCGUGGCAGGACCUGAAGGAUCGGUUCAGGCAGGCCGGCAACAUCAUCAGAGCCGAUGUCCUGCUGGACACCACUGGAAGGUCCAAGGGCCAGGGCACCGUUCUCUUCGAGAGUCCCGGUGACGCUCAGAAGGCUAUCCGCAUGUUUGACAACACCGACUUCCAGCAGCGCAUCAUCACCGUGCACGAGGACAAGUUUGCGCAGUGA